CAGGUUUUACAUUAAUGGACACACUUCAGCUUGAAGUUAUUACAAUUUUACAGUAGUAACAACAACUGCAUUAACUACGGUAUUGUGGGACGACAGUACAUUUUUGUUUGGGGAAAAUCUAAAAGCAUUUUAAAGAACGUUUUAGGAACGUAUAAAGACGUCAUUUGCUGGCAUGAGGGUUGCUGUCUGUUUUGGUGUGAUUUGUUAUGUUGUGUUUUGUUAGUCUGACUGAAACUAACGAAGCGAGGACUGUUAAAUUAUGGGUACAACAAGAACAGAAGAUACAUUCCAGCUGGCCCUAGAAACAUCUCAGGAAAUGAGCGUAGACUUCUCUGGAGGUGUGUCCUAAUCCCAAACUGAAGACAUCUGUAAAGCCUCUGCCCUCAUUUCCUGUCGAGUGGGCUGCAUCUGCCCAUGCACACACACGGCACCAUGGGUAGCUCCCCGGAGGUGCUGUCCUGGACGUCCUGUCCCAGCCUGCUGGUGGGGAAACUCAAAGAGGAGCUCAAACUCACCGUCGUCGGGGACUCCAUAAAGAAAACCAACGGCAACGUGUCUCCUCAAGCCCUGCCCCCUCCACAGAUCAUCACAGACCUGGCACCGCCCACCACGCUCCCUAUGCCGCUGCAGCAGCUGCUGCUCCCAUGCAGGGAGGAUGACUUGGGCGGUACGAGUCCUCCGUGCACUGCCCUCAGCGAAGACUCCACCCGUGAGCACGGACACUUCGAGAACAGCGUGCUACAACUGCAGGAGCACGAGGAGGCGGAGUCACCCGCCUCCUGCGUUCAAAGGGGGUGUGACAGCGGUGGCGAGGAGAGGAACGAUGAGGGUGGAUGUCCGAUGGACCACAGCGGGGACGAUAAACACCACCACCCUCAUGACGACAUUAAACUGCACUUUCAGAGAGCCGGUACCGGCAGCGGGGGGUUUCUGGAGGGCCUUUUUGGAUGUUUGAGGCCUGUGUGGAAUAUCAUUGGAAAAACGUACUCGACUGAGUACAAACUACAGCAGCAAGACAUGUGGGAGGUGCCAUUUGAGGAGAUCUCUGAACUGCAGUGGCUGGGCAGUGGAGCUCAGGGCGCCGUGUUCCUCGGAAAGUUCCACUCGGAAGAGGUCGCGAUUAAGAAAGUCCGCGAGCAGAAGGAAACGGAUAUCAAACACCUUCGCAAACUCAAGCACCCCAAUAUCAUCAGCUUCAAGGGUGUGUGUACGCAAGCGCCCUGUUAUUGCAUCAUCAUGGAGUACUGUGCACAGGGGCAGCUCUAUGAGGUUCUUAGGGCAGGACGCAAGAUCAUGCCUUGUUUGCUGGUGGACUGGGCCUCAGGGAUCGCCAGUGGCAUGAACUACCUACAUCUCCACAAGAUCAUCCACAGAGACCUCAAAUCACCGAAUGUGUUAGUCACUCAAAACGACUCUGUGAAGAUCUCAGACUUUGGAACAUCUAAAGAACUCAGCGACAAGAGCAUGAAGAUGUCGUUUGCAGGUACAGUCGCCUGGAUGGCCCCCGAAGUCAUCCGGAAUGAGCCGGUGUCAGAGAAAGUAGACAUCUGGUCAUUUGGGGUAGUAUUAUGGGAACUACUGACGGGUGAGAUCCCCUAUAAAGACGUUGACUCUUCUGCCAUCAUCUGGGGUGUUGGGAGUAACAGUCUCCACCUGCCUGUCCCAUCCACAUGUCCCGACGGCUUCAAAAUCCUCAUGAAACAGACGUGGCAAGGUAAACCCAGAAACCGGCCGUCCUUCAGACAGAUCCUGCUACACCUGGACAUCGCCUCCGCUGACCUGCUGGGAACCCCGCAGGAGACCUACUUCAAAUCUCAGACCGAAUGGAGAGAAGAGGUGAAGAAACAUUUCGAGAAGAUCAAGAGUGAAGGCACCUGUAUCCAUCGACUGGACGAGGAGCUGAUUAAACGCAGGAGAGACGAGCUCAGACAUGCUCUGGAUAUCCGAGAGCAUUAUGAGAGGAAACUGGAGAGGGCCAAUAAUCUGUACAUGGAGCUCAGUGCCAUCAUGCUACAGCUGGAGGUGCGGGAGAAGGAGCUCUUCAAGAGAGAACAGGCUGUGGAGAAGAAGUAUCCCGGCACAUGCAAGCGGCACCUGGUUCGGCCCAUCGUGCGGCCCAACGCUGUUGAGAAGCUCAUCAAGAAAAAGAGCAGCAUGAACCACAAGCCUGGAACACAGCCGCCUAAGAGACCGGAUCUGCUGCGCUCUGAUGGCAUUCCCAGCAUAGAGCCUCUUCCCGCCCCUUCUCCCCUAUCAAGAAGCCCCAAAGUGUCCACCCCACCUGGAAAGAGCCGGUACCGCAGUAAACCCCGUCACCGGAGGGCCAACAGCAAGGGCAGCCACAGCGACUUCCCAGGAGCGCUGAAGCCCAAUUUCAGUCCCUCUGAGGAACAGCAACCCCUCCAGGAACAAAACUAUCCCCACCACCAUCAUGCUCCACCUGAGCGGCCCCUCCUGCCGGUGCAAAACAGGGUAAGCGCCAUCGCCAACUGCGCCAACAACCUGCGUUACUUCGGCCCCGCCGCGGCUCUUCGCAGCCCGCAAACCGACCAUCUCCAACGGAGGCUGUCCGGCUCCAGCCCCGAUCUAAUUUCCACUGCAGUGGAUGCUGAUUCACGCCACCGCAGGUCCUCUAUACCCCCUUCCAAAGGCUCAGGCCCGGGGCCGCUGUGUCCCUGCUGCCAGGUGCAUCCUUUCCCGGGCUGCAUGCACUGCCAGGGGAUGCCUGCUGUGCCCAGCCACCCAGAACUCCCACACUACUCCCUGCUGAGCACAUGUGAGGGAACGCCACCCGCCAUCAGACGGCCGGUGGACACGACAUCAGAUGGAGAAACUCAAGGAAAGGGAGAGCAGCCAGAGAAGGGUUCCCCACGAGGAAGCUUGUCCAGCAGCCUGCAACACCCUCUCAGACCCCUCAGAAAUGGGAGGGACGAUUCAUCUGAGGAAGAGGAGGGAGAGGUCGACAGCGAAGUGGAGUUCCCACGGAGACAGAGGCCUCAUCGCUGCAUGAGCAGUUUUCAGUCGUAUUCCACCUUCAGCUCAGAGAAUCUGUCUGUAUCUGACGGAGAGGAGGGGAACACCAGCGACCACUCUCACAGUGGACCUCUGGAGCAGCUGAGUGCCAGUCAGGAUGAACAUAUGGAUGAGCUGCUGUCACACACACCUGAGAUCCCCAUCGACAUCUCCACACAGUCUGACGGGCUGUCUGAUAAGGAGUGCGCUGUCCGGCGCGUCAAGACUCAGAUCUCGCUAGGCAAACUGUGUGCUGAUGAGCACAGCUAUGAGAAUCCACUGCAUUUCGGGGACUCUGACUGUGACACGUCAGAUGCAGAGUGCUCUGAUGCCACCAUCAGGAACAAGCAUCCCGCCGCACCCUCUACCUGGUGAACUCCCGAACCCCGCCUCCACGCAGGAGCCUCUGGAGGAAACCAUGGCAAUAAUCAGAGCCUGCUAUAGACAGCCAUGAACCAUGGCCCAUUUUACCCCCAACCGGGAACUAGCCCUUCCCAUAAUGCACCUCUCUCUCUCUGAGCAACCUCAGGCACAUUCCUCUGAUGUGAUGAUGUAGCUAGUUCAACAUGCAUUAUUUAUUUUAUUAUAAUUUUUACAAAACGCAAGCAAAAUCAGGAACUCAAAUAACAGAAAAAUAUUAACAAUCCUGCACUGCAAAAAUAAAUAAAUAAAUAAAUAAAUAAUUUCUGGCUUGUUUUCCAGUCAAAAAAAAGAUCUAAACAUCCUAAAAAUCAGAUGCAUUUACUUGAGAAGCAAAAUUUUAUUUUUCACUUUUGCACCUCCAAGUAAAUGCAUCAUGUUAAAGGAUGUUUAAAUAUUUUUAAAUGGGGAAAACAAAGCAAAAAUGCUGAUUAAGUCAAUGAUUUGCAGUGUGUGCAGAGUAUUAGCACUGAAGUGUUCCAGAAACAAGGCAACUCAAUACCAGAAUCCAUUAGACGGUUAGUUAGUUAGGAAUACAAUGAUUGUGGUCUGCAAGAAUGUGUGUAUAUAUGUCCGUAGGUACAAGAAAGAACAUUUUUGAGUGUACAACUAGUUAGAUUAGAGCUUGAUAAUGGGACCACAGACAAAACGGGACAAUUCAGCUCAGCCAGCUGGCGAAGACUAGCUACCUGCGACUUCCUGAGUUUACAGAAAUGACGCCCUUGUUCCCUACUGAGGGGUAAUCGGGGUUUAGCUUGAGCACCAGCAGGAACUUCCUCCUUAUUUUUGUUAUUUACUUUUAUCUCGACUUCAAAAACCAUGGGACUUGUGGAUAUUUCCCAGCAUGCCUGAUUUGUCGGCAUUUGUUUCAGCCAAUAGGACGGCCGCUGCUGCUGCUGCUGCUGUUGCUGUUGCUGCUGCUGGCCGUUACGGACAAACAGGAAGUGACUUGAAUAACGACUGCUCUAGCGGAUCGUAUUUGAUGAACACAUCAGUGUUAAACUGGACCGAAGCAGAGCAGCGUUCUCUCAUCUCAGGACUGCGUUUGAAGAGAUGCUGCAGAUGGCCAGAGGACUUGAAGGACGAGAACGUUUUUCCCUAAGCUUGUUUGUUUGGAUGGUGCGGAAGCGUGUCGUCGACCCUUAAGAGUUUCUUUACUUUUCAUCGGUGACGUUUAUCUUGACACGAAACCCGACAAUGUGGAUGUUGUAGAGAUGCAGUAUCCUUCUAGAUCAGGGGUUCUCAACCAAAUUAUUACAAUCCCACACCCCCGUCGAUAUCAUAGAAUGAAUCUGCAUGCUUUAGGAUCUCACAGCCGUAAUUACGCAAUUGGCAAAUUAUAUUUUUAAGAAUAACAACAUUUUACUGUUUGGUCAAUUCUGUUGGAAUUAGGGCUAGGUAAAAAUAUUGUGUGGAGGCGGGGAUCUGAUCGAGCACCAAUCUGUGGAGAGUGAGGUCCGGGAAAGCUGAGUGGUUAAGGAUUUACACCUGUGUUAACACCUGUUUGUAUUCCCUGUGAGCUGUAUUCACUAAACUUUCCCAGACCUCACUCUCCAAAGAUCAGCACUCGAUCACAUCCCCGCCUCCACAUAUUGAUUGUCUGAAUAAUCACGAUUAUUAUUCGACAAUAUCGAUACUUUAAUCCAAAGAUCGAUCUUUUACUGUAAUGUUUACUUGUUGAGUAUUAUACCUGAUAAAUAUAUAGCAAUUGAACUAUUUAAGGCCAUGUUGUAAAUUUCUUAUAAAUGCAUAUUUUCGUGAUAAACCAAUUUAAGGGUUUCUGGGUAAUGUACAGGAUUUGCAUCACGGAAUUAAGCUGCAUGCCUUUGGAUCUCGCUGCCGUAAUCAAGUAAUUUGCCAAUUAUAUUCUUCAGAAUAACAACGUUUUACUCUUUGGUCAAUUUUGUUGAUAUUAGGCUUAUGUAAAAAUAACAUGCUGGGCUGAGAAGAGAAAUCGGCAUUAAUUUACAUUAAACUGGCCCAAAAUUUGUUGCUGUCCUUUUCUGCAUAUCGCUGCCCGCUUCGGCAUAUCGGGGCGCCGUUUUGUGGCCCAUUCUGCAUUUCAGCUUAGUCCCAUUUCUCCCGACAGCCAGUCCGCCCCGGAGUCCGUUGGCCCACCGGGAAAAUGCCCGGUAUGCCAGAUUACCAAUCUAGCCCCGACUAUAAUAUACAGUUCAUAGAUGGCUUCCGAGACCCCAUCUUCAUCUUUAGGUUGAGAGCCUCUGCUCUAAGGCCAGAGUAUACUUCGGUGGAAAUACGAAGCCAUUAGAUUGUCUUAUAAUGUGCCGAUUGGUCAUGAUAGUGUUUGUGUAUGUGUGUAUGCUGUACCCCUCAAGAUGACCAUUAAACAAGCUCAGUCGUUUCUUUUAAGAGUCGUGGAUGAAUCAGCAAUAACGCAGGUUAUGCGCUCAGGCUUUUGAGAAACGUUCGCUCAGGAUGACUGUCUAGCAGGCUGGACAGAUGUGCCGAUCGCAUGCACCGUCGCUGUAAGACAGGUUGGAAAUAAACCGCUUUUUAAAAGACCUCUAUUUUUACAGAUUUAGGUUGAUUAUUUUUACACGUGCUUUUUUUGCUGGUUUGUUGCUCAGGUUAAAUGCUUUAUAGUGCAAAUGAGUCUCCAGUGUAGGGACAACAAACUUGUUUGUCUUGUUUCGGCUGUAGUAGGAAAUAAAACUGGCCAUCGUCUUUGGAAAUGCAGACGGACGUUAAGGCCUGUCACUUUGGCCUCGUACAAACGGCAACGGUUUGGAAGCGACAACCAAAAAAAAAUCGAAUAAUCGAAAGAUUCUGUGUGUACAGAAGUGGACACCAUAUUUAUCCGUAGUGUGAACCUGGGCUGUGUCUUAGUGUCAUUCAAAAAAAAUCUUCAUUACCAGGGAUACUGCAUCUUUCAGCAUGACUAUCUAUCAAUAAUUGUUGUUUUCAUAUUUCCCCUGUGUUUUUAGAUCUUGAUGUAACUAGUAUAGUAGAAGAUAAAAUGCCUUGUUCAUCAUGGGUUCAACGCAGCCAGAUCCUCCUUUUGUCGCAUUACAGGAAAUGGCAAUGAAAUGAAAGAAACUGUGAAUGCUGUUAUUUUGGGUCUACUUGCGGCUUGCUAUUGAAGUUAUUCUACAAUAAUACGACAGUAUCGUAGAAUUUGCAAGCAAAGCUGCUACGUGGAUCAAUUUGACGCAAACGAACAAAGCAAAGGCCAUUGAAACCAACUUAAAGUCAACAUGAAAUCAAAACAUACGGACCUUGUUUACUUUAUUAUUGUGCACAGUUUAUCAGUCCACUUUAUUCCGAAUUACGCAAUGUAUCGCAAUUUUUUUUUUUUUAUCAAAAUGUUUCUAAAAUGACUUUUAUUUUCAGAUGAUGUCACAAAUCCCUCUAUUAACUCCUCCCCUCUUACCACCUGAUUCCAUUCUGGUGUAUGUAACGCCCACUUUUCAUGAUUUAACCCAUUCCUGAUGGAUAAAAUCAGGUCCUACGUUACUUUUUAUUUGUUUUCUCAUUGACUAUCCCGAUUGUCUCGGAAAUAUGUCACAUUUAUGGAGUUAAAAUGGAUCGCGAACAAUGUUUCGUGUUGACUUUAAUCUCUAGGCUAAUUUCCCAGUUUAAUUGGGAAGGAAAAGAAGCCAUUAUUACUGUUUUUAUUUUGUUGUUUGUUUGUUUGUUUGUCCGUUCCGUCCAGUAUGAUGGGAGCGUGCUGAGAAAUUGUCUGAAAGUGAACUUUAACAUGGUGUAACAUUUAAUGAAGGCAAACCGAACACCUACUAACCUCGUUUUUUCUGUUUACGUGUUUUUCCGAAGAUCACGUCUCGGAUUUUAGCGAAUGAUAUAUAAAGUCUGAUGUCUUUCCAGCCACAGCGCCAUCACAAAUCCUGUAAAAUAUGAUUUUAACUUAAUUUAAUUUAAUUUAAAAGUCUUUUUUGUAGCUGGUCUACACUAUCAUUAACGUAAUUUAUUUUGAUGCACUAAUUAAAUUGCUGUUAAUUUCGACCGUUCAAGACGUCUACGUCUCAUAACUGUCUCACGUAUGUGUAAUAAUUGUCUUCCGAAGUGUUACUGAGGAGAAAACGUUCAGUUCUUCUGGGUUACACGGCAACGUAAAAGAAUGGUUCACCCAGAAAUGAAAGUCCUGUCAUUAUUUACUCACCCUCAUGUCGUUCCAAACCCAUAUCCUGUUAUUUGAUCUGUGAAACACAAAAGAUGUCUCCAAAAAGGAAAUAAAAUGCACCAUAGAAGUGACUUGUGCAUUAUAUUACAAGUCCUCCACGUUUGGAUACACCAAACCUUCCCAAAUGCACUAUUUCUGAAUAAGUACAGGGAUACGAAUGACAUUUCAGAGCUUCAGAAGAGCUCACAGUUGUAUUAGCUACAUUUAUGGUGGUGCUUCUUUGUCAUUUUUGGAGCUUUACAGAUGCGGUCACUAUAAACUGUCAUUGUAUGGAAAAGAGAGGUACAAAAAUUCUCCUUUUGUGUUUCAAUAAUGACAGAAUUUUAAUUUUGAGUGUACUGUCCCUUUAAGAGUUUGAAGUGGGGAGCUGCACCUAUCGCUUUUACUUCUGGACUUCUAUUCAAAUCUCACUUUCAUCAGUUCCCCAUGGCCGACACUUAUAAUAAAGUUGUAAUAGUUGUAAUAAAAUGACCCUAUCACGGCUGUUCUGGUUGUAAAGAUAAUUCCAGAUUUGGGAGUACUUGGAGAGGGCUUCAAGAGGAUUGAACGUAUAUCCUGUACUGUGUUACUUUGUUUGUUUAGCCAUCUCUGUCCUCUCCACAUUUACCAUUUGUAAUUGCGUUAUCAUCUACAGCAUAUACAGGUGUUUUAAGAUGAACUAUUUUUGUGCAGAAUGUCUUCAGCUCGGGGCUCCAAUUUGUUUCUUACUCAUGUCCCGCCCUCUUCUUCCUCCUUGGUCUUGAAUGGUGUUAUGAUGAACCAAUCCUGAUGAUUUCCUGUAAUAGCCUGUGUACAGUGCGGCAGGAGUGACGUGUAAAAUCACAGCAUGGAAUAAAAACUGAUGUAC